AUGGCCUUCUCCAAAAUAUUCCUGCUUCUCACAGCUAUAGUCGGUUUGGUCGCUUCUCAGGCCAUGACUUCUGAUCCUAGUGCUCUCCAGGACUUCUGUGUUGCCGACAAGGACUCACCAAUGCGUGUUAAUGGGUUCCCCUGCAAGGAUGUUAAGGAUGUGAAUGGUGAUGACUUCUUCCUAGCGGCUAACCUCGAUAAGCCAAUGGACACAACCAAGAGCAAGGCUGGAUCCAAUGUUACAUUAAUCAAUGUGAUGAAACCUGCAGGCUUGAACACCCUUGGUAUCUCCAUGGCAAGGAUUGACUAUGCUCCGAAAAGACAAAAUCCACCACACACACAUCCCCGUGCUACCGAGAUCCUAGCCGUUCUUGAGGGAUCAUUGUAUGUUGGCUUUGUAACGUCUAACCAAGCAAACAGGGAAAACAAGCUCUUCACCAAGACACUCAACAAAGGAGAUGUAUUCGUAUUCCCAGAGGGCCUCAUUCACUUCCAGUAUAAUCCAAGCUAUGAUAAGCCGGCAGUCGCCAUUGCUGCACUUAGUAGCCAGAACGCUGGGGCGAUCACCAUUGCCAAUGCAGUAUUUGGAUCCAAUCCACCAAUAUCAGAUGGUGUUCUGACUAAGGCCUUUCAAGUGGAUAAAAAGGCCAUAGAUUGGCUGCAAGCUCAGUUCUGGGAGAACAACCAUAACUAA